UCCCUGUGCAUCCCUCUGCAUGAAGGCCGGUGGCCCGGGGGCUGCGCUCUUCCGCCCCCACUGGUCACAGGCAGGACUGCGCCCCGGUGCGUGCCCAGGAAACGCGGCCGGCGCUCGGCUCCACACGUGGGUGCGCUAUGGAGAGCUGUCACUUAAACAAUCCUUCCAUGGAAGCCAAACCAAUUGUGACCUCGAAACAGAAAGUUGAAGUGGUUUGUGGUGUCCCAACCCAGGUGGUCUGCACAGCUUUCAGCAGUCACAUCCUUGUGGUAGUGACCCAGUAUGGAAAAAUGGGUACUCUAAUCUCUCUGGAGCCUAGUACGGUAGCCAAUGAUAUCUGCAAGCCUGCAAUCUCUACCAGAGUGCUCCUCGGGCAAGAUGAGCCCCUCAUUCAUGUCUUUGCAAAGAACCUAGCGACGUUCGUGUCUCAAGAAGCAGGAAACAGGCCCAUUCUCCUGGCUUUGGCCUUGAAGGACAAAAGUGUGGAAGGGGUGAGAGCCCUGAAGGAAGUGAUUCGGAGCUGCCAGGUGUGGUGAAACAAGGCCCUGCCUGCCUGCCUGCCUGCCAGCUGGAUAUUCCAGGGGAAAGCUCUUGAAUCAAGAAAUUAUAACCCUUCCUCCGAAGGAUCCUUUCAUUUUCUUAUGGCUUAUAGCCCAUGCAGCUGAGAGAGAACUAUCUUGGCAUCUCAGGACAAACUCAGUUUGGUUUUGAUACCAAUAUUGGGGGUGGGGGGAGGGACCUAUUUCUUUGGAAAUUUGUGUAUGAUUUUCCAUGGAGGUUCACAGAAUGGCCUGCAUUUGAGAAUUGUAAUAGUGAAUCAUCCUGCUGGGUGGGAUCCCCUGUGUUCUGUGUGGAGCAUCAGUUGCAACAGGAAUUUGCAAAGAGAAAACAAAGUCAGGUAGUAGUCAGUGUUCAUUUUACUUUAUCACUUUUUUCUGAUAUAGUAAAAAUCUCAAUUGCACAAGCCCCUUUUGGCUUUUACAUUCCAUAACUAUGAAUGUAAUUAAAAGUA